CUGUUCCAUUCAUCCAUCCAUCCAUCAGCCACUUCACACCAGAAAUUCAGGCAUGGCAGCUCCGACGAGAGCACUAGUCCUCGGCGUCCUGCUGGCGAUUGCCGUUGCCAAUGCCGAGGCGGCGUCCGUGGUAGUCGGCCUGGCCAAGUGCGCCAACUGCACGAGGAAGAACAUGAAGGCCGAGGAAGCCUUCAAAGGUCUUCAGGUGGCAGUCAAGUGCAAGAACGUCCACGGCGACUAUGAGAGCAAGGCAGUGGGCGCCCUCGACCGCACCGGCGCCUUCAGCGUGCCCCUCGCCGCAGACCUCCACGGCGCCAACUGCGUCGCUCAGCUCCACAGCGCCGCCUCCAACGCGCCAUGCCCCGGCCAGGAGCCAUCCAAGAUCGUGCCGGUUUUCGAGGGCACCACCUUCGGCAUCGUCGCCGGCGACAGCAUUGCCACUCCGUCUGCAGCGUUGCCGGAGUGCACGUCCAUGACCCUGUGCGGGCCGAUCAAAAAGCACAUCAUCGAGCACUUCCACCACAAGAAGCCCGUGCCGCCCAAGCCGGAACCCAAGCCCCAGCCUCACCCAGACUACGGCCCCGUGCCCAAGCCCGAGCCGAAGCCGCAGCCCCACCCGGACUACCAUCCCGUCCCUCCCACGCCCACCUACGGUGGUGGCGGUGGCGGUGGAUACCACGGACACCACUGAGUCCAGUAUACCACCGUCCCGCCCAGCGAUGAAAUCUCAUGAGCGGGUUGGUGAUCACUGAGUCAUCGACAUUGCUAUUUAUGAUCCUUUUGCAUGUGUGGGUGUAUUGUUUGGUCUUCUGCCAUUAGCUGCCCCGUUUUAGUAUCUGCACUGCAGAGUUGAGUGUUCAGAAUAACAAUUGUGAGGAACACAGGGAUCAUAGUGUAUUUUGCAUUUUAAAGAUUUGUAAUUUGGGUGUGUUUUUUUAACGAAGUUGUUGCAGAUCAAGUAAUUAAUUUAAUCAAGUCCAUUUGAGCCAA